UUAAAAAUUUGCUCUUCCUUUGUCUUGUUAUUGUUUUUGCUUCCCUUGAUAGUUGUUAAAACUUCAAACCCCCCCACCUUCUUUCCUUUCUCCCUUGUCAGUCCCUGCAGGUUGACUCAAUCUUCAAACUCAACUUUGGGUAAGGGAGAGACAAGAAGAGCAAAAGCCAUAAAGACAAAUAUACCCUCCCUCCAAAUUUGAUUGAAAGUUUUGAAUCCCCAACUCCAUAAUCCCUAAAUGUCUGACUUAGAAUUCUUCUUGUACCUUCUCCCAUUUGUUUUGGCUUUAUCUUGGACCCUCAACUUUCUUAAGCGAAAGAAACCCCAACCAAAUCUUCCUCCUGGUAACUCUGGUUUACCCUUUAUUGGUGAAACUUUUGGCUACUUAAAGCCUCAUCCUGCUACCACCAUUGGAAAGUUCAUGGAGCAGCACAUAGAAAGGUUUGGGAAAAUAUACAGGGCAAAUUUGUUUGGGGAACCGACAAUUGUAUCAGCAGAUGCAGGGCUGAAUAGAUUCAUCUUUCAGAAUGAAGGGAGACUGUUUGAAAGUAGCUACCCAAGUAGCAUUGGUGGAAUACUUGGAAAGUGGUCUAUGUUGGUUUUGAAUGGAGAUAUACACAGAGAUAUGAGAAACAUUUCUCUCAAUUUCUUGAGCCAGAGUAGGCUUAAAGCUCAUCUUAUGAAAGAGGUUGAGAGGCAAGCUGUUUUUGUUCUUAAUACUUGGCAAGAAGAUUGCUCUUUUUCUGCUCAAGAUGAAGCUAAGAAGUUUACUUUCAAUGUAAUGGCAAAACAAAUACUGAGUUUGGAUCAUGGGGAAGCUGAAACAGAGCAUCUAAAGAAGGAAUAUAUUAAUUUUAUGAAAGGAGUAGUAUCAGCUCCUAUCAAUUUACCAGGAACUCCUUAUAGAAGGGCAUUAAAGUCAAGAACAGCCAUACUGGAUUUUAUUGAGAUGAAAAUGGAGGAAAAGUUAAAGAAGAAGAAAAUGAAUGAUGGGAGUGAGAAUAUAGAUGAAGAUGAUCUACUUGGGUGGGUGUUGAAGCAUUCAACUCUAUCAAAAGAACAAAUUCUUGACUUAAUUUUGAGUUUGUUGUUUGCUGGACAUGAGACUUCCUCUGUUUCCAUUGCAUUAGCCAUCUUUUUCUUGGAGGGCUCCCCUUCUGCUGUUGAGCAAUUAAGGGAAGAACACCUUUUGAUUGCCAGAGCCAAGCAACAGUCAGCAGAGAAAGAAUUGAAUUGGGAGGAUUACAAGAAAAUGGAAUUUACUCAAUGUGUGAUUAGCGAAACAAUGAGGCUGGGAAAUGUAGUAAGGUUCUUGCAUAGGAAGGCUCUUAAAGAUGUUCGGUAUAAAGGUUAUGACAUUCCAUGUGGAUGGAAAGUGCUGCCGGUUUUAGCAGCCAUUCAUUUGGAUCCUGCCUUUUAUGACCAACCUCAUGUCUUCAACCCUUGGAGAUGGCAGCAGAAUGGUAUAAAUCGGGGAGGCGUAUCACCUUCAGCAACAGCCAGUAACUCGAACUCAAAUUCAAGUCCAACUAGCGGAAACAACUUUAUGCCAUUUGGGGGAGGACAAAGACUAUGUCCAGGAUCUGAACUGGCUAGGUUAGAGAUGGCAAUUUUCAUCCACCAUCUGAUACUCAAUUUCCAGUGGAAAUUAGCAGAUAAAGAUGAAGCUUUUGUUUACCCAUUCGUCGAGUUCCCCAAAGGAUUACCUAUUCAAGUUCAACGCUUAAGCUUUGGACUCUGAUCGAGAUCUUCGUUAAAACCCCGAAAUUCAUCCAAUCUUGCACAGAAAGAAUAAUAAAAAUAUCUAUACAUACAUAUAUUAUAUAUAUUGGAGAAAAUGAAGUCCUCAAUUCCCCAGGUUAGUAGUAUUCUUGGGUUCUUCUUUUCCACCUUUGUUUUUCUUUUCUUUUUUUGGGAGGUAGGGGUUGUUUAGGCUUGCUGGUUUAAAGCCAAGCUUCAUGUUUUAUGGGUGAAGCACAGAAAGACGAAGCAAUGAAAAUUAUUAGGUGCACCGUAUACAAUAUACCCAAGGGUAUUUUUAUGCCAUUUUGUGGUCGUUAUCACAUUCUCCUCACAUGUAAGGAGAAAAUGCGACAGAGUGCACGGUGCAUCCGGAUGCAUAUAAUAUGUUCUAGACGAGCAAGGCCAAAUAGUUUCAUUCCCUUAUGAUUUUGUAAAUGCUUCUUCAGUUUAUUACUGUAUCAUUAAAGCCGUCCACAUUGGAGCUUGACGGUUAUUUUUAUUUUAUUUUGUACAAUUUUCUAUUGUAAUUUAGUGAGUAAUAUCUGUUUAUGUAAUAAGUAUUCUUCCAAUAUCAUCUUAUACCAUGAUUCAAGCUCUUGCCAUGUA